GAUCACUCUCUGUUUACUUAAAUAUCAACUUCUGGCACGAAAGCAGUUGUUUUUGAAAGACGAUAAACUUUUUACAAUAACUCACAUUUACAACUCACUUCGAGUCCGAAACUUGCUCGAGGGUACGAUACCUUCGUGUGAUCCGGACCGUGAACUGGCUAGUUAUAUCAUGUCCGACAGUACAAAAAGUGGCAGGCAUGCUGUAUUUAAACAUAUUGCAUUAUAUUUUUUUUAACGAUGUGGAUUUACUUUCAUUACUCCCAGACCUCUCUAGAUGGACCAGAAAGAUGUCUGUCCAAGUGGAAGAUAUACAAAAUUCCAAGUCCAGGAGGAAAAGAAAAUUCUGCACUCCAACAAGAAGAGUGGAACCAUGUACUGUGAUAUCCGACUCAGAUGAUGAAGAGGUGGAAUCGUACACCUACAUCCUUGAUGAUGAGGAAGAAGAAGAGGUGGCCCCUCUGGCACAGCUCCAGAAUUCCAUGGAUGAUAUCACGGAUCAUUCCUCAGACGGAUAUACCAACGGUUCAUCAGAUCCAGGGGACGACCUAGUUCACACUGAAAACAACAACGUGGAAACCUUUAAAGUAAUCUCACAAGAAGCCUUCCCCAUCUCAAACAGCGGAUAUAUUGUUCCAACCAAUGGAAAUCUUCCUCCUGGCAUGCACUUGGUUUUUGUACCGGACAGUGCUAAGGAAGAGUUUAUCAAGAAAUCCACUCUUUGUUUUGACAGGUAUGAUCGAGGACUGUCCGUUGAUCCCAAACCUUAUGUAGUACAGCCAGUAUCCGGUUUAAACGGAUUUGUGGUGACCAAAUCUGAUCCUUUAAACAAAGUUCCCUUUAAUGGCCUGGGUGCUGAGAAUACAGGAAAACUAGAUGUUCACAUAGAUAAUGAUGAUGACACCUUAAUAAGAGUAAAUCCAGAGUAUUUCGACAAUCAAGGCAAACUCCACGCUGACAUUGCAGCUGCUCUCUCAGGCGUGUGCAAGGAUGACGAAUCAGUGGAAGAUGGUGAUGAAAGCGAGAAUGAAGGCUCGAAAAAGAUCAAGAAUAUGGUUAAAAAACACUGUAAGUUUGAGUGCAAUCGAUGUGAUAAGAGAUUUAAAAGACAGUUUGAUCUCAAUGCUCACAUGCGGACCCAUGAUGGACAGGAGCCGUACUCUUGCUCUGAAUGUGGCGACAAGUUCAAUUAUCUGCAUUUGUAUAGAAAGCACAUGAAUCAGCAUAACUCCGAAGAUAAAGGGACAGAGUGCGAAGAGUGCGGCCUGAAGAUUCGUUUCAAGAGCCACGUGAAAGUCCACAUGAGAACACACACUGGAGAAAAGCCAUACAAGUGUGGAGUUUGUGGAAGAGCUUUUGCUCAGAGCUGUAUAUUGACAACUCAUAUGAGAACACACACAGGUGAAAAGCCCUACACUUGUGAUGUAUGUGGUAAAGGUUUCGGUCAAGCAAGCACACUUAAGAUUCACAAGCGAACACACUCGGGAGAUAGGCCAUACAAGUGCACCAUGUGUGACAAAGCAUUCAACCAAAGCGGCCAUCUAAACCUACAUAUCAGGACACACACUGGGCAUAAACCAUUCAGGUGUGAAGUCUGCGGGAACAUGUUUAAUCAGCGAUGCCACCUUCGCCUUCACAUGAAGCGACACACCGGUGAACGGCCAUUCAAAUGCGACCAGUGUGGAAAAGUCUUCAUACAGAAUUGCGAACUCGUCAAUCAUAUGCUUACACAUUCAAAAGAAAAACAAACAUUUCAAUGCAUGGUUUGUGACAUGGUAUUUGACGAGAGAGAACCCUUCAAUGAACAUCUAAAGACUCACCCUAAGGUUUUAGAAGAAGUUAAACCGUUUGGGUGUAAUGUGUGUGGCAACGCCUACUCACAUCAAUCCGAUCUUUUUCUCCACAUGAAAAAUCACCAGGACACAACGAAGGCUUUUGAAUGUAAUAUUUGUGGUGAUGCAUUUGGCCAACAGUAUGAUCUGAGAGUCCACAUGAAGAAGCAUAAGAUAAAUACCCGCACUCCAUUUGAAUGCAGUGUUUGCGGCCAUGCUUUCUCCCAGUAUACUGACUUGCAGCAGCACUUUAAGACCAACCCAGAGCAUGAUGUCAAGUCAGAACCCCAAGAAAUCAGUUAAAAUUUGAAAACAGCAUAGAUUUCAUAUAGCUACUGUCAUGAUCUCAUGUACCUAAAUGUGUCAAAACGAAAUAUUUUGAAUAGGGAAAUGAGACAUUCCUCUCUCUCCAUCUUUAGAAAAAAGUGUUCAUUCUAGAUUAUUUGUGACACAAAUUAAGCAAAAUAAUCAAUAGAAUUGGUCCAAAUUCAAGGAAUCUUUAAAGAUUUAUAGAAAAAAGUGAAAUAAAAAU